AGAAGAAGAAAAAGAACCAUAGCAACGGAUUAAACAGAAAUGGCGGCCAAAGCUGCCUUGUUAUGGUUCUUCAUGGACAUAUAUUUGUUUCUGUCGUUUAAUGGUGUCCAAGCAGUGGGGAGCGGACCGAGCUCCGACCUAAACUCUACUACUGCGGUCACAGUUAACGUUACCGACGCUAAUAGGGCGACACCCGCAGACACGGACCCGACACCGAGUCCCGGGACCGUGCUGCCGACACCGGAGCCCGCCGGCUCGGGGUCGGAGCCCGCGGAGGAUCCCGCGGGCUCGGGCUCGGAGCCCACGGCGGGGCCCACGGAGGAGCCCGAGCGCGCGGAGGAGCCCACGGAGGAGCGCGCGGAGGAGCCCACGGAGGAGCCCACGGAGGAGCCCACGGAGGAGCCCGAGCCCACUCUGCCAACGGCAGCCGCGGAGCCGCUGACGGAGUCCGGCAGUCUCCUCACUGCUGCUACUGACGUUGGCAGGUUGUGUCCCUGUGACGAGCACAGCAGCAUGUGUGACAUGAACUGCUGCUGUGACAGAGACUGUGGCGAGGAGGUGGCUCUGUUCACGCGCUGCUCUGUGACCACGGUCAGUGGAAACAAGCAGCUGUGCAGCCCCCCCAUGGCAGCGUACUCGUUAGGCACCUCCAUCUAUGGAUACUCAGAGCUGCAGUCGUCUGUGAGGACGGAGAGCAGUUCGGAUGUUUUCUGCAUUCACUCACAGAACCGUGUUGAUGGAUUUUCUCAUCCUUCACCUGCUCUUCCAACCGACAGCAACUUUGAUUCACUGUUUAAACAGUUCACUGACUCUGUGUUCGGCCUGGAGGACCGAGCGGCCGCUGCAGGGCUCCAGGCCUCUGCGGGAUACGAGUAUGGAGAGGAGAUGAGGACGAGCGGGCGACGUGGAGACAGAGGGAUCUUCUGGCUUCCAGCUCCUGGUGUCACUGCUGACUGUGUGGAUAGAAAUCCUGCAGCGUUUUUGAAAGACGAGAUCCGAGCGUGUUCCCGGCGUGUGGUCCUGGAUCAGGACUGCCAGAGUCUGCCGGCCCUCAAAAUGGACACCUACACUAACACCCAGCUCUUUGCUGCGAAGAAUGAAGAUGCAGCAGUGGUUCCUGUGGAGCUCGGUGCAGUCGUGCUUCAGUCUGCAGCUGGGACUCAGACUGAGUUGGAGUUAAAUGGAGAAGAAAAUCUCACUCCGGUUCUCCUGAACUCAGACAUCUGUGCUAAUGUGGUGCUGAAGGUUGUGUAUGUGAUGACGUACAGUCCAGCUGGUGAAAUCAUGAAUGUGACCGUUUCACUGCUGCUGGGAUUUGUCUCCAAAUCAUCGUCGCUGCCCCUGAACCAAGAGUUUGAGAUCACAUUUGUCCAGCAGCAGGAUGUGGAGGACGUGCCUGUUCACUACAGCGGGAAUCCAGGGUACGUGGUUGGAAGGCCUCUCGUGUCUGGAUCAAGAACUCCAGAUGGGAUUGUCAGAAGCAUUGAUCCCAGGGAAACACUGUCUCUUCUGGGCACUGCUGUGGACCAGGACUGCCUGAAAGGACCACAUCAGCGCUCGCCUGUCCUUUUUGGUCUGGACUCUGUGUCUGGCUGCACAUUAAGACUGGAGGAUGUGGUCAACUGCUCCCUGGUCUCGCAGCAGCUUCUGGACGUUCUGAGAGGACCAAACUAUCCACUGUACGUGGCUUCCUUUGGAAACACACCGUUAAGCAAUCAAAUGGAAUGGGUGCAAAUCAAGACCAGCUUCAGUCCUGAGGAAGCCCAAAGUUGCAGCAUUCCAUUGUCACAUCAUUUAGAAAUCGAAUGGACCAAGUACGGCUCCUUGGUGAACGCCCAGCCUCGGAUUGUGAGCAUCAGAGAAAUCAUCCAAAGCAACUCCAGCAGCUUGACUCUGUUGUCUGGCGGCAGCAGCAUCACGUCAAUAACAACGUCAGUGGCCUUCAUACCGGUGUCAGCUCCUGCUCUUCCUGGUUACAGAGCCACGCCCACCAUCAACGCCAAACUGCCAUAUGACUUCUUUUUCCCUUUCGUCUGAUCCUAAACUGGCUCCACCCACCAGUGUAUGCUAACAACGGCGUCUACAACACCUACUUUGUAUGAUUUGUGAAUAAUGUAUAAAGGAUUUCUGGCUAUUUCAUAUUUUUUUAAAUAAAUCUCUUUUUAUGUGAA